AUGGCCAAAAUAGGCAAGGAGAAUCUGCUACUCUUCUUCACCGUACUUGGUGUCGCAAUUGGUAUCGGUCUCGGGCUUGCAUUGAGGGAUCCUAAUCAACAAUGGUCAAAACGUCAUCUAUCGUACUUGCGAUUUCCCGGCGACCUCUUUGUGCAAAUGUUGAAAAUGCUGAUUCUCCCGAUGAUCAUGUCAAGCAUAAUCACAAGUCUUGCUUCGUUGGACUCGGCGACCGCUGGCCGCCUCGGUGUCGUGUCAAUGACCUAUUACAUGUUGACGACGUUCUCGGCAGUUUUUCUUGGAAUUUUUCUCGUUUCGGUGAUUAAGCCUGGCAAAUGGACGACGACCAAUGUUGAGGAUCUUGUGGGAAAUGUGAAGACAACGCCAUGCGUCGCCACCGCUGUUGACACUGUCAUUGAUCUUUUCAAGAGUUGCUUCCCGGAGAAUUUGAUGGAGGCAACAUUCCGAAACACCAAAGUUUGCCUCAAGUUUUACAAUGGCUCCACCGAAAUUGCUCCGGAAGUUGCUAUGACAAUGGCACCAGAGCAGCGUGCUCUUUUCACCGAGGUCCCCGAAAAAGUCACAUCAGAUGGAAUGAACAUUUUGGGAUUGGUGGUGUUCAGCGUUGCGCUUGGUAUCGUCAUCGGUGUCGUCGGCGAGGAAGGCAAACCAUUGAAGAAUUUUUUCAAGAGCUUGGAAGCUGUCAGCAUGCAAUUAAUCUCAUGGGUUAUCAUGUAUUCCCCAAUUGGCAUCACAUUCCUCAUCGCUGCCCAAAUCGUGGGAAUGAAGGACCCUGGACAGGAAUUGCAUAGACUUAUGGGAUAUGUGAUCACCGUUAUCUCAGGAUUAUUGAUUCACGCAUUCGUCAUUAUUCCGACAUUGUGCAUUGUGCUCGCUCGAAGAAAUCCGCUGAAAUUCGUUGCUGGAAUUGCUCAAGCACUACUCACUGCUCUCGCAACUAGCUCGAGCUCCGCCACCCUUCCAUUAUCGAUUAAAUGUUGCGAGGAGAACAAUGGAAUUGAUCCAAGAGUUACUCGAUUUGUUCUCCCACUUGGUGCCACAAUUAACAUGGACGGAACUGCUCUUUAUGAAGCAGUGGCGGCGAUUUACAUUUCGCAAUGCGUUGGAAAUGAUUUGUCGCUUGGACAGGUUAUUUUGGUCUCGAUGACUGCAACGUUGGCUAGUAUUGGAGCAGCCGGAAUCCCACAAGCUGGAAUUGUUACAAUGAUAAUGGUUUUGAUCGCGAUUGGCCUCCCUACGAAUCUCUUCAUUCUCAUCUUCCCAGUCGACUUCAUGCUUGAUCGCCUUCGCACCACUGUCAAUGUCUAUGGUGACAGUAUCGCCACUGCUUGUAUUGAGCGGCUCUGCGAGAAAUAUCUUGCCAAAGGCGGCGUUCGCGAAACCAAUGAUCAGGGCUACAGUAUGCUUUCAACAAACGCUUCUCCUGACCCGAAACGAAUUACAAUCGGCAAUAACUGUGAGAACUCGCACAUGUUGUAA